CUAUUGUUUAGACUCACUUCCUGUUUAAAAAAUUUGUUGUUUUAUAUUUUUAUCUAACUUACAUUUGUCAUUUCUUGAUAGGAUCUCGUUCAAAAAUAAGUAUAUAAUGCGAAAACAGGUUUAACAGAAAAGACUAAGAUUCAAAUUACAAGAGUUUUAAAACUCUGGAUUUGGAACAACAAAAGUCAACACCAGGAUUCUUAUGUUGUGAACAGUCUUUGUUACCAUGGUUACAGCAUGAAUAUAUUUUGAAAGUUUUUCUUACAUUUUUAAAUCAAUGCUAAAUUUAAAAUUUAAAACAUUUUUUUUAUAAUUGCUUAUUCUUAAAAAAUUAAAAAUGUGAAAAUGUAAUGUCUUAAAGGGAAAGAGAAGGCGACUUCAUACUAAUGAAUAGUUGUGAAUAUUGAAAAUACAUGGAAGUAAUAGAACUGGUGACCAGUCAGAGUCACUUAUUAUUUCAUGGAAGUAAUACUUGCUGUCCUACGUCCCCGACACAAUGUCGGGAGUCAUGAUUUUAAGCUUAAAGGAGGCAUUCUUGAGUAUAAACCAAAACUGUAUGAUAUUCUGUUGUUUGAUAGUACAAAAAACCAUGAACCGCGACCAACAAAAUAUCUCCCAGCAUUCCCAUUAACCAACUCAGAGGAGGAGCCAAGGGAUGAAGUUUUAACUAAUUUGUACCAGUUGACAGGGGGAGAUAAGCAUGGUGGAAUCAAAGGUGAGAGGGGAUUGCUGAUCCCAUGGAAACGACAAGCAGAAAGAGAUUCUUUGUCAAGUUUUUAUGUGUAUUGUGUUCCUGUUAACUAUAGAGAUAAAUUGAAUGCUGUUUUUGUGGACAAGUCACCAGAUAAACCUGGUUUCUACUCACUAGAAAAUGUGAUAGACUCUAUCAACAAUAGAAGUAUCAGUUUCCCUCCACCUACAAGAAAAUUUAUAUCACACUUAGAAAGCUGGUUAAAAGAAAAGCAUGCAAGGCCAGAGACUCUGGACAUAUUAUUCCAUAGCAGAGCUGACUACCGCAUUAAAUUUAGUGUCAGCAACCCAGCAUUUUUACCAACAAGACUUCCACUCUCAGACAACCUUGAUGAACUACGAAACACUGCACAUGAAGCUCUCGCCAAAAUGUUGGCCAUAGAGAAAUGUGAAAUAGUUGUGAUCAAUCCAUUAUUUAACUCUGGUCUGCCAUAUAAAACAAAGGUUGAUAAAAUGAAAAAUUUAUAUUGGGGUUCACAAGAGGAUCAGAGUGUGUCUUCACGAAGAACAAGUUCCAGUACAAAUUCUAGUGAUGUAAUGUAUCCCUCUCCGUCACGAUCGAUGUCGGGAUAUCUAUUGCACAAAUAUGCUAAAGAAGGUAACCUGAAUGGAUUAAAAGAGUACAUCAACCAUCGGGACUUUACAGAUAAAGACGAUCAGGGAUUUGCUCCUAUUCAUUGGGCAGCUGAGUGUGGUUUUGGAGAUGUUGUUAAAUUUUUAUUGGAGUAUGGCUGCUCACCGAACUUAGAGACUCAUCAACAUUCCACACCACUACACUUAGCAGUAGAGAAAGGUCAUGUACAGGUUGUUGAAGUGUUGCUAAGUUACCCAGAUACCAAUGUGAAUGCUUUAGAUAGUAAUGGUCAAACAGCCUUUGAUAAAUGUGAUCCAUACAGCUACAACGAACAUCAAAAUAUAUCUGUAAUGUUAAAGACGGCCAUUAAUAAACUGAGUCAAAUAACAAUAUAUAUCAUGGAUGGUACAAAAAAGAUUCUAAAAUUACCAAGUGGGAGUGAAACGACAGUUGAACAGCUAAACAGACAGCUUCUAAGGGAAUGUAACAUGCCAGAGAAACCGUAUGGAGAUAUUUUUACCAUUUGGAUCUGUUCAGAAAGCUUAGAACUUCAGCUGAAACCAGAUCACAAGCCAGUUGAACAAAUGGAGAACUGGAGACAUAAGAUUCUGAGGCAGCUGACAGAGGGUGACCCUUCUAAGGAGGACCCUAAAUUAAAAUGGAGAAGAAAUGCUAAAACUGGCAUUAUGGAUGAACGAACUAUUACACACCCAGCAGCCAUCCAUUUAUUGUUCCAUGAAGCAUAUAAAAACUACAUUACCGCCCUCUAUCCAUGUAAAGACCAGGAUGUUCUUAACUUUGCUGUGAUCAUUAUUCUGAUGAAACAAGAUGGCGUCUACAACACAUCAACAGCCAAAACAUUUCUCAGUAAAAACUUGCAGGCAAUGGUACCAGAACAAAUGAUGAAAGGAAAGAGUCAUGCAUGGUCUAACAAUGUAUUUCGACAUUAUAAGGAUGUAGGAAAAAGCAUGCUUGAAGGUCCUUCUCAUGUACAAGUGGAUAUGAUUUUAAAGCAGCAGUUCCUGAAGUUCUGCAGAAACCUGACUGUUUAUGGAUCUGCUUUCUUCACUGGUACACUACUGGUACCCCAGGUCAAGGGUAGCAUGUGCCAUAUUGGUGUCAAUGAUGUGGGUAUCCAUGUUAUAAACUCUCAAACAAGGGUAAUGUUACAUAGUUUCAAAUAUUCUGAAAUCAGCUGUAAACUUCCUGAAGCGAAUCGGCUGGAAGUAAAUGUGAUACGAUUUGAAAGUCGAACUGACAGAAAUAUUCCACGGCAGUUAACAAUACGGACUAAACAGGCCGGGUUAAUUGAGAGACUAAUUGAAAAAUUAUCAGAAAUUCAUGCUAUCAAGGACAGACAAGUUGAAAUACGAUAUGGUGGGAUGAAUUCAUAGCACAGGACGAUGUAGGAAGUUAUUUAUAGAAAUGGAAGGCUGAUAACAUAUUUGUACAUUACUUUUGGUGGCAGUGCUUACUGGAAAUAGUGUUUGCUCAAUGGUUUUCAGAACAAAGAAAUCAUGAUUUUAUUAUCCAUGUACCAUGAUCUCUAGAUCUGAUGAAAUUAAAUUAUAUCUGACUUUUUGGAUCGCACAUCCACAUCUAUGAAAAUAAAUAUACUUUUAUACUGUAAAUUAAAAAAAACAUUGCGAUUUUCUUAUUGUUGUGAAUAAUGAGACUUUGCGUGUUUCACAUUGAUAAGAACUUACAUUUUGUUAUCUGAUGCAUAUAUCUAUAUGCAGAUUUUCCUGAAAUAGAAAUAAUUAAUUUGUUUUUUAUUCAUUCGCCAAAAUUUGCAAUGAUUAAUGCACACAAUAAUUUCUCAGUUUACAGAAAAAAUUGCUACUGUUAAGUCUAUAUUUGUCCAUGCUUCUCAAAUAUUUUACGUUGAAUUAUAUGAUUUACACUUAAAACUGAUGGUUUUCAUUUUUUUUUUUUUCAAAUGUAUUAACAAAAAUAUUAAUGUACAUGGCCUUUCAUGAAUGUGUAGUGCCUUCAGGGAUAUUUUUUAGUGGAAGCUAGAUUUUUUUAAAUAAAUUUGAAUUUGCUUAUGUUUAGCAUUUCCUUUUUAGAAUGAAGAAAGUCUUCAUAACAUGUGUUUGUAUUGCCAAAUGCGUUAAAAAAAAUGCAUUAUUGUUACUUUUAAACAUUGUAUGAAAGUUUUAUCAGUUUAAAUUAAAGCAAGAGGGUUGAAAGAUACUGUCAAAAUGCCCCACAACCAAAAUAUUUUCUAAAGUACUGUGGAUUCAUUAUUAAAUCAUUUUGGUACCAAUUUUUGUGGAUUUCGUGGUUACAAGUGAACUACAAAUUAAAAAAUUCAAUGAAAUACAAAUUAUGCGACUUUGACAUAUUAUCUAUAUGAAUAUAUGCAGACUUUGACAGAAAGUCAAAUUCAAAAUAUCCUCGAAAUUGCAAGUUUAUCUCAAAACACAAAAGUUGGUAUCAACAAAAAUAAAAUAAAUCCACAAUAAUAAACUUUGUUACCAAUAUUGUCUCAACAUCUCUUAAAUUUAUAAAAUUAAUGUCACCAAAAGAUAUUCAUUUAAGAGUACUUAAGAGAAUGAUAAAAAUGUUUUUCUUGCUUAUUCUCAGUCUAUAGAUAUACCUAUUUACUUUUAGGGCUGCCUCUGUGUUCAAACCUAGUCAUCAGAUUUAUUGUAAAAUCUUAGUUUUGAUAUUCAUUGCUAACACUAGGCAUUUUUUAUUAUUUAUUUCUGAUUUGAAAAAAAAAUGUGUUUGUCUUCCUGGUUUGUUUUUUGUUUUAGUUUUUUGCUUGUUUUUGUCUUAUUUGUUUUGUGGUAGAGAGUUCACCUCAAGUGUCGGAAGUUGUUAAAUUAAUUCUGUCUGGACCAGACCAUUAACCUCAAUAAAGGUACUAUGGAUUCUAUAAUAAUUGUUGGAUACUUAUUUUUAUGGAUUUCGUGGGUACAGGGCAGCCACGAAUGUAACUUUUCAACGAAUUACAAAUUUUCUACAGAAAAGUAUGCAGAAUUUCCUGAAACCAAAAAUCAAAUAUCCACAAUAUGCAAGUUUUUAUCAAUCCAUGAAAAUUGGUACCCACGAAAAACCCACAAGUAUGUAUUGUUUCUAUUCCUUGCACACAUUCAUUGAUGUGUUGGACCAAUGAUAAGUCAACUGGGAGUCAGUGCUACCUGUCUGAGUAUGGUGAUUUCUUUUUCUGGAGUAGCACAGGGGCUGAUACCCUUCCCCAAAUAUUUAGGAAUAUGAUAUGUAUUUUAUUUUUCUUGUUUGUUAAAUCAAUUCCUAAUCCUAGAAUGGAACAUCCACACACAUGCCACACUGUUUUUGUGCCUGUCCCAUUAGUCAGAAGCAUGUUAUCAAGUGAUAUUUUCUCAUUUGAAUUGUACAUUUGUCAUUUGGGGCCUUUAAUAGAUGACUAUGCAGUAUGUGUUUUGCUCAUCAUUGAGGGCUGUAGUGUAUGAAGACGUAUAGUUGUUAACUUCUACCUGAAUGUUAUUUGGUCUCUGGUGGAGAGUUGUCUCAUUGGCAAUAUUCAUAUAAGAAUUUUUAAAAGUUUUAAAAAAUUGUUUGUAUGGAGAUAGU